AUGCUAGCGACGCAUACCGGCGAGGCCGGCGUUGCAGAGAUCUUUCGAACAGUGCAGCUGCGACUUCGUGAUUCAACAUGGACGAUAGUGUUCAAGUCCCUGAUCGUGAUUCACAUGAUGAUCAGGGAAGGUCAAUUGGAUGCUACGCUGCAGUACAUGGCCGAGAACCCGCGGAAGCUGGCAAUCAGCGGGUUUUCCGAAGGUAUGCGAGAAACGGCCGUGGGUUUGACGUAUGACAACGGGGACUGA